AUGAUUCAAAUAUCUUCUCAUCCAGGCAUAGUUGUUCCUAAAUUAAAUAGAAUAAAUCUCGCCAAGAGAAAAUCUGCUAUAGUAAACAAUCCAAAGCCGCCUAUAUCAUCUAAAAGCUCGGUUAAUCCAAGAUUUCUCGGUUUAAAGCUUCAUAAUAAUGCAAAAUAUCAAGCGCUGCCGAAUGCCCCAUUGACACCAAACACGGUUUUACGUGAUUAUCAGAAUAUGUUGACUGUGAAAGAACGUAAUGAAAUUUUUAUUUAUCAAGAGAUAUAUUAUCUUCGUAGUUAUGAACGUCAACAAGAUAUCGAGCAAAAUGACAAAAUAUAUUUCAAAUUCACAGAAAACGAUCAUAUCAAAUUCCGGUAUCAGCAAAUUAAGGAGUUAGGGCGUGGCGCAUUUGGUGUUGUAAUUCUUUGUUAUGAUCACAAGAUUCACAGCUUAGUUGCAGUAAAACUCGUUAAAGAUAGACCUUCGAUGAGAAAUCAAAUCACAAAUGAAAAGGAAGUUAAUGAAGCAAUUUCAAGAUCAUCUGAACCUGAAGCAUCUAGAUUUGCAAAAUAUUUCGAUUACUUUAAAUUCAGAGGUUUUCAUGUUUUUGUCUUUGAAUAUCUGGGAACAAAUCUUGCGUAUAUGCUGAAAUACAACAGGAUUAAUGGUCUUAAAGUUAAUUUAAUUAAAAUUAUCGGCAAACAAGUAGCAGAAGCUUUGAAAUUUUAUCAUUCUAUAAAUUAUAUUCAUUGUGAUAUCAAACCAGACAAUAUUUUAUGGACAGAUGAGCAGCAUGAAUCCAUUAAACUGAUUGAUUUAGGAUGUACAUGCAAAGAAAAUCAAAUAUUGCAUUCUUGUAUUCAAAGCCGGUAUUAUCGAGCUCCUGAAGUAAUUUUGGGAUGCAAUUAUUAUAAUAAAAUUGAUGUUUGGAGCUAUGGAUGCCUUCUUUCAGAACUUUAUACUGGAAGUGCAAUAUUUCAAGGAGAGAAUGAGCAAGAGCAAAUCGGAAUUUAUUUUUCUGCAAUUGGAAGACCUCAUAUAAAAGAUUUGAAUGAUGCAACACGAAUUGACGAAUUUUUCAAUUCAAAUCUUUAUCCAAAAACGAAAUCAGAUGGUUACAGUCUUGAAGAAAUAUUAUCAUGUGAUAACUCGAAUCUUUUAGACCUUAUUAAGCAAUGUCUUCAAUGGAACCCAGCAAAAGGGCCUUCAAUGAUUGAAAUUUUGAACCAUCCGUUCUUUAAAACCAAAUAA